CUGGGCAGACGGCCGUGGUAUGAAGGCGAUUUUGUCCUUCAAACUUUCGUUUAUAAAAUACGUUGCGCGAAAUAUUGUGUGGGCGCGAUUAGUAUAUCCGUAGUGGAAUUUAAUUAAAAUAAUUGCUUCGGACAGUACUUACGAGUGUUCGCGUGUUUGGAACGUGCUAAUUGUAAAAAGACUAAUUAGUGAUUAUGGGUAUUUUAGUUUUCGCCAAUGCAACGAAUGUGAAAAAUAGCCUGCUGAGCGGGUAGGAUGCAGCGGCAUGCACCUCAUCGUGCUGCUAAUGGCGCUGCUCUCGAGGGCGGUCGCCCCCCACUUACACGUAACGACGCCGGCCUCUGACUCAACAUAUCUGGGGACGAGUACAAUGCCACCGACGGUAUUCAGUGUGCCAAUUUCGCCUCGUCGAGUGUCGGUCAGACGAGGCAAGGCGGAUUCCCCGAUGUUGAAUUACAUAUUUGACUCAUACGCCACUAGCAAUAAGCACUUUCAUGACAAGUUUAAAGCGCCAUCGUUUGAAGGCGACUUGAAUUCAGACGCUUCUAUAGAUGCGGACACAGGUGCAACUGUUUUAUUUGAUUGCAAAGUAUCCUCAUUGAGAGAUAAAACGGUAUCCUGGCUCAGAGUGUCUGAUGGUGAUAAUCUGGAAUUGCUUACAGUAGACUUGGAAACUCACACAGCUGACUCGAGGUACAAAGUAGACGUGGCAGGUGAAGCUUGGAAGCUUACGCUGUCAGAUGCCAAAGUGCAGGACUCCGGUAUGUACGGGUGCCACGUGUCCACCCACCCUCCAAUGCUGAAACGAUUUCAGCUAGAAGUUCAUCCGCCAGAAAUGAAAAUGAACAAAGAGGCUUUUCUUGAAAGCGGAGAAACUCUAUCGCUUAAAUGCGCGGUAUUGCAUUUAAGUCCCGGUGAUAUAACGCCGGAAUUGCACUGGUAUAGAGGCAACAAUACUACGCCUCUUGAUGAGAUUCGGGGAGGAGUGCUCGUUGAAACAGACCUCUUAACCCUUACAAGCCACCUUCAAGUGGCACAUCUUAAAGUAGAAGAUGCGGGUAACUACACCUGCGCUCUGGAAGCACCUUUAUCGAUAAGGACAGUCGCGAGGGUUCAUGUUUUACAAGGGUCAAGUCUUGCGGAGCUGCAGAGCGGAGUUAAAACCACGACAAGCUACAUGAGUCUCCUCUUCACAUCUCUCCUUUUCAUCCUCGGAACUUGGCACGGUGACGUAAGGUGACCUCCUUAGAUCGGACACACAAUUAAGAAAGGCUGGAUAACGCAAGAAUUUCUUUGGGAACAAAUUAAUAUUAAUAAAGCGUCGACGAAAUUUAUUCUGACGAUCAUAUUUCAACUUGAUGAACGAAAUAUUAGAAUUAUAAACAAUAGCGAAUGACGCCAAAUUUAUCAAAUGGAGGUCAUUUGAAGUUUUAAUGAAUAUUUUCAUGGGCGCCACUUGAUGGUUCAAGUUUGGACGCUCUUAGAAUAUUAAAUUGAGAACA